ACCAGGUACAGGUUGUGGACACGUUUGGCAGCCAGCAGCCUCGCCCGCUCCUCCCCCUCCGUGCCCUCCCCCAGCACGCCCACCACCACCGCCGCCACCACCACCAGGGACCGCAGCACCAGCACUGUAAGGAGGAGAGGUGACUGAGGGAGAGGGAGAGGGACAGGCACACACUCUCUCAGCUGCCACACGCCGCCUUGUUGUCACUGACUCAGCCGAGUGGCCAGCCAUGGGGUCGUCUUACCUGGAGGAGAUGCGGACAUACUUUGAGAGCCACAACAAGCAGAAGGAGUACGUAGGUCACAACUCCAAAGUUCACACCAUUGGCUGGAAUGCUGAUGGCCGCCGCCUUGCUUCGGGGUCUUAUGACAAGUGUGUUACCAUCUUUGUGUUUGAUGGACACCGCGAGACUCUGCGCAAGGACUACACCUACAAAGGGCAUGGUGACAGCGUAGACCAGUUGUGUUGGCACCCCACGCACUCGGAGCAGCUCACCUCUGCCAGCGGGGACAAGACGGUCAGGAUUUGGGACACCCGCACCCACAAGUGUUCCGCGACCAUCAAUACAAAAGGGGAGAACAUCAACAUCACAUGGUCUCCGGACGGCCAGACCAUUGCUGUGGGGAACAAGGAGGACCUGGUGUCGUUCAUUGACGUCCGCAGCCAGAAGAUUCGUCACGAACAGCAGUUUAAGUUCGAGGUCAACGAGCUGUCGUGGAACAACACCAACGACCUGUUCUACCUCACCAAUGCGCAGAGUGGUCAAGGCUACAUCCAUAUAUAUACGAGUUAUCCUGAAAUGGAGCUGGUUCACUCAAUCCACGCUCACCCAGGGAACUGUAUUUGCAUCAAGUUUGAGCCACAAGGACGCUACUUUGCCACAGGGUCAGCUGAUGCCCUGGUCUCCAUUUGGGAUGUUCAGGAAUUGUAUUGUAAACGUACAUUGCCCAGGCUGGAGUGGCCAGUUAGAACCCUGAGUUUCUCCAGUGACGGGCAGCUGCUGGCGUCAGGUAGUGAGGACCAGGCUAUUGAUGUGGCUCACGUAGAGACAGGGGAGCAGGUGGCCCACAUCAGCGUGGCCUACCCGACCUUCACGCUGGCCUGGCACCCUAAACACUUCCUGCUGGCCUACGCGUGUGAUGACAAGGAUGACCGUGACAGGGACCGAGAUGCUGGCACGGUCAAGCUAUGGGGGCUGGGAGACAGGCCCUAACACACACACACACACACACACACACACACACACAUAC